AUGCGAAAUUUAUGCCGCCCAAUGCAACUAGAAAUAGACUUAUAUUGGAGCAAAUUACGUGAUGUUUACAAUGGUUACUUGGAACAACAUAAUCCAAUUAUGAGUCACUAUCUAUCUCUUCAGGAGAAAGACGAUUUCUACCAAAGGGAUAUAUUCAGGAAUGACAUUCAAAUACAACAGGCCACGGAAAUACUUCUCUCUUUGCAAAAGGAAUGCUCUAGAACGACAAAUUCUCUGAGCUAUAAGUUGAAUCGUCUUAACAAACAUAAAGAGGAUUUGGCGAAGAAAUACUGGCAAAUGAAGAAAGAUAACAAGACGAAUAGACGUCGGGAGAGUGAUAUGCUAGCAGUUUUGGUGGAUGCUAGCACUGAUGCUAAAACGUAUCUAGAGAAGAUGCUUCAAAAGAUACAAAAAGUAAAUGUAAUGGCAAAAAUAUGCAGUAAAUAUGAAUAUGGUGAUGAUAAUCUCCUAGAAGGGAUUGAGAGUGAUGGAAUUUCAGAAGAUUAUGAGAACCUUGACGCUGCUAUGAUAGAAGAAUACAAGGAAUUUAGAAAAAUGGACAAGUUUCUGCUAAAAGUUAACAGGGCCAAGGUCCAAACAAUGUGCCUUAGAAGUGAAAAGGCUAAACUUGCCAAAGAAAAUAUACAACUGAAACAAUAUAUCAAGAAAUACCUCACUGAUUUGGCUUUAAAGGAUGGCAAGGAAAGGCCAGUAACUUCAACACAUGCUGAUAAAGAAACUACUUAUGGGAAAGUAUUAAAUCGCCCCGUGACAUGUAUAGAAGGAGCUCUGUCAAAUGCUGUAUUACAUGAACAGAGGCUGAAACUAGAGAAGCAACGGCUCAAGGAAAUAGGUGGACUUAAGUCAUACCCUCGAGUCAAUUGUUGGUAG